GGCGGCGCCACGCAAGGGGGAGCAGGCGGCGACAGAUCUGCUCUCCGGCGGCGGUCCCCCCUCCGAGGGCCGCUCGCGUCUGUUCGAGCUGAACCGCAUCCAGUCUGCCCUCACGGAGGUGGCGCAGUCGGGCUACCUGGAGAGUGUUCGCGCGCUGCGGGAGAGCCUGCUGGUGAGCGAGUGGGGGAUGGCGGCCAGGGGCUGGGCGCGCAGGCGGGGCGUGGCGGCGUUCGAGGAGUGGGUGGCGCAGCAGCAGCAGGCGCACAGCGUGCAGCGACAGAUGCUGGCGAUGCAAAAGGGCGAGGCACCGCAGGACGGCGAUGACAACCACACCAGCAGCAGCAGCAACCAUGCGGACGAGGCGGAUCUGCUUCAGGUGUCGUACGACCAGAUCUCGGCGCUGUACGACGACCCCGACGCGCUGCACGUGCUGACCUGCCCCCGCGCGCGCAGCAUGGCCCGGGCGCUGAUCGAGCAGCACGUGGCGCAGUCGUACGAGGCGGUCUACGGCAGGUGUACGGCGAGUGCCGAGCAGCUGGCGCGUGUGAGUUUG